GUGUGUGGUGUAUUUGUAUUGGGUCAAAAUGGCAAAUUAUACUUGUUGUGGACGAGUGGCAGUUGAUUUGGAGCCUACUUUGUUGUCUAGUCUUUUGAUUAGCUCUCCAAUAAAUGUGAAUGGAGAAUAAGUGUUAGAUCGAGCGAUGCCGACCAGACUCCGAGUUGUCUGGCUACUUUAGUCUGCUGAUUGGGUUAGAGUAAUCAAGACAAAACAGAACAGCACAAAAAUAGAGAGAUGUUAUCGAAAAAGCUUCGAAGCUCAGAACAGAAGUAAGUAAGUCACAUCUGCAGCGAAUAGCAUACAGCAGCACAGACGACACAGCAAAGCAGAGACCGCAGGCGACUGUUCUGAGACGCUAUUGGCUAAUUGGCUAAUGCAGAGAGCCAAUCACAACAGCCGCAGUCGCCAGCCUGUCCAGUACACCUGGUCGUGCUGCUUACAAAAUAAACACUGGUCCGAUUUAAUCUUCUCUAACUGGCUAAUUAGAUUGACGUCUCUAAAUAAACAUCUCGUCAAAAAACAACUCCUCGAGAGUAGAGUACCUUAAGUAAAUAAACAAAGCAACUAGCAAAAACAACAUCGAAAAACUGAAUCAGAUACACAAACUGUACAGAUAUUAUUUUGUUGGUUUUACCCGCUCGAUCGAUUUAUCCUCAAGUAUACUUCUGAAAGCAUUCACUGUUAGAACACACCACCGAUAAUUAACUCAUAAUCACAGCCAUUCAAUUAGUCUUAAAUAUAGUCGCCAGGAAACUUUCCACCUUCAUCAGGACUCGGGAUCAAAUUACAUCAGUUUAUAGACCUCAUUGCUUACUGCCACAUAAAAUCAGCUGCUUUUUUCUAUUAAGUUGCAUUAAGUUUCCCGUUAUUUGCGAGAAAACCAAUCCAACUUUGAGUUCUCGUUAACUCGCAACUUUCAAACAUGGCAAAAUCAGAAAGGAGAAGUGAUUUUGGCGGCCGGAAAUUUUCUGCGUUUUCGAUUGCCAGUAUCCUCCAGUCUAGCAACCAGAACAGCAUUCCUCCCAGUUGUUUUAAAGAAGCGCAGCAUACGAAUGGCAUCGUCGGCAAGGAUCCUCCCAGGAUUCGUAAUUCCAGUGAACAACCAGUGAAACUACAUCCGCACACGGUAGCUUCGGAACCUGCAACAAACUGCAAUGGACUACAGUUGUCAUCCUCUGAAGCAGCAGAAGACUCCGAGGACCAGAAGAAGACUCUGCCACUCAAAAUUGAUACCAAUGACAGUCACGCCCCACAAGUGCUCAAAGAAGUUGAAACGGACAAGAGAGAAACAAAAAUAGACAGUAGUAGAAGCAGUUCACUGGGUAGUGAAUCACAACCCCUCGAAUCGGGACUUUUAGAAGGGACGGCUAGCGAUGCUUGGAACACCAUCAAUGCUGGCAACUGCACCCCCAUUAAAACUGCUAAGGCAUCAAACGACAGAGGGAUCCAGAAGGGAGGCCACAACAAUCUACUGAUUCCAGUCAGAAGUCUGGCACCAUCAACCCUGGUCACUUCAAGCCCCAGUUCAGAGUGCCUCCAAAUGUCACCACUUCCUCCGCCGCUUCCUCUUCCCCCCGUGGUGCAAAGUGUCAAUCAUUUGUCCUCAUAUUUGUUCAAUGCCACCAGUGCAACAACUGACCCCUUGAGCAUAAUUUGCCCCCUAAACGAUCCAAAAACAGGAUCAGAAGAAGUAAAAGAAGCCAAGAAAGACCACUUGUCGGCAGUUUUAGAAACAAUUCCGCCGGAGAAAGAGGAGAAGAUUGCCACGAUUGAGAGAGAGACAUGUUUGAAAGGGAGAUCUCUGAAAAGCACGCCAACGAGACUCAAUUCGGCCGGGGACUCUGUCCUCUCGUCUGAUUCGGAGGGGGACUAUGAAGACAUGGAUGAUGAUUAUGAAGACGGUGAGGGGGAGGGGGAGGGGGAAGGGGAGGGGGAGGGAAACGGGCGGAAGAAAAAGACAAGAACUGUUUUCUCGCGAACGCAAGUCUGCCAGUUGGAAAACAUGUUUGACCUCAAAAGGUACCUUUCCAGUUCUGAACGAGCAACACUGGCACGUGAUUUGACCUUAUCGGAGCAGCAGAUUAAGAUUUGGUUCCAGAACAGAAGAAACAAACUGAAACGGCAGAUCAAAACUGGUUUCGAAAUGGCGGCUGGAAACAUUUCAGCUGGCACGAUUCCGCCCCCGAAUGUGAAUGCAGCACUUCUUAACAGCCUAGGAACGACGUCUAUUCCGAACAGCAUGCACCCGCACGCAUUCAACCAAUCGUUCACUUCUUAUCUAACGACAAACCACCACAGUCAGAAGGAGCCACACUCAGUUCUCGCCUCAAACUUGUUCAAUUCAGGCGGCACCCCGUUUGCCCAUCCAGGGAACCCACUAGUCCUCGGAGGACAUGGUCAUUUAGGCAGGAAUCCAAGCGACCAGCAAGCGCACCAUAUGUUUAGUAAAUUGACUCCUUACUCUUCACUGAACCAACAUUUGAGUCGACAAACUGCACAGAAUGUGUCCUCUCAUCGUCACCCAAUGACACCAAAUACAUCAGCACAAACACUCAAUUCACACGGAGUGUUGUCAUCAGCAUCAGUUUCAACCUCCAUCUUUCCAACACCUUCGUCUUCUUCCACAUCCGCAGUCACCAUCACCCCCUACCCUUACUCAUACACGUAUCCUAAUCUGCAGCUGUUCAAAUCUCUCUCUGGUCUAGUUUAG